CAUUCUAAACUGAGCUCGUCGCGGGAAAGGAAAUUAGAGCAAACGAGUGAGGAGGGAAUUUGAUUAGUUUCCGUUUUCACUUGCAGAAAGGGAGAGCUACUUCUCCGCCUCUUUCCUCCGCCGCCGGGAAAGCUACACUAAGUUCCGCCUCCGUGAAUUCAUCGGGAAAGGUACGUUCUGAAGGUCUCUUAUUGUGAUCUUUCGUUAAAUAUCCAUUUGUGCUCUUGAGCUCUGAAUCUCGCCCCCUCCGUCCAACGAGAAGUAGGAUUAGGGUUGGAAGAAUUUCAGUCGAUUGAUUGAUAGAAUUUUCUCCAUUUCUGGAGAACCUGAUCUGUGAAUGCUGUAAUUGGUUUAAUGAAGGUGCAGCUUAUGAGAGAUAAGCAUUGAAAUUCGUGAACUGGGUGGGUUGAUGGCUUAUGAGAUUUUGUAUUUGUUCAUACGCUGAAAAUGAUGGGGGUUGAAGUUGGAUUUCUAAAGUUUUGUUUCAUCCUCCUUAAAGUUUUGAUCUUUUGCUUUUUCAGAGUUAUGGCAAUGAACCAUAUAAGGUCCUUGAGGAGUGUGGUGAUUAGUAAAGAAGUAGUCGGAGUGAGAGCAUUUGCUGCGGCAGGUGGUAAGGCAAAGAAGGGAUCGAAGGGUGGGGCUUCUGCAGAUGCACCAAAAGCUUCCAGUCUUAGUAAAGAAGUGAAGUCUUCGACGACAGUUGGUGCCAAUAUUCUUAAGGAUGGUACAGAUCCUAAAGUGAUGGCUGAUUCGGAUUACCCCGAUUGGCUAUGGCAUCUUCUCGAUAAGCGCCCAGCGUUGAGUGAGCUGAGAAGGAAGGAGAAAGAAUCACUGCCGUAUGAAGAUCUGAAGCGCUACUUCAAGCUGGAGACGCGGGCUGGCAUCAAAGAAAACAACUCUAUUAAGGCCAAGAAUUGAUGAAAAAUGGGAUUCGUAAAACAGGCGCUCGUGCUAUCACUAUAAAGGUCCAUUUCUUCUCCGGGAUUAGCUUCUGAUUUGAGUUUUUUGUAUGAGCUAUGAAUAUGAAAGAUUGAACUUGGGAGCUUUUUCAAUCUGAUGCGAGUCUUUUUUUUUUUUUUUUUUGGUUAUCUCUUGAUUAUUGUUAGGACCCAUGAACCUUUGCUGAAAGUGGUUCAUUAGUUGACUGGACAAUGCUGAAAUGCCUGGGUAGAAACUGUUUCUUUCACUCAACAAUUUCUCCUAGGUGAAAAGUGAGAAAGUUGUCAUGAUGCAUUACUACUUUGGGUAGACAUAUCUGUUUGUCUGCCCCAAACACUAAUCACCUUAGUGCUUUUGUUUAAAGAUGGGAUGUCUUUGACAUUCUUUUCUAAAGUAAUUUCCAUCUGAACUGUUGCAUGAUUGAAUUGGUGUGGGAAUCAUUCUAGAUACCCACCAGCUAAGACUGCGAUAAUGUAUGCAACUUGAUAUGCGAGAAUCACAUGAUCUUGAUCUCUGCUGAUCAUAGUUUUUGUCGCAACUACAGAACUGCAAGGUUCGUAGAACCUCUUCUGCUGUUAUUGGGUUACUGUCUUCUUCCUUUCUGUCAUUACUUUGCAUUUGCAACAUCUCAACCAGAAGCAAAUCAGCUGCAGAAGGUUCAUUGAACCAACAUUCCGUGUGGCCCAUGGGGGUUGACAAUGGCCAUUGAACUAGAAAGGCUUUGUGGAAGCCAGCUCCAAGCCAUAGCCUACUGUUCUUCCUUUUCCUUAACCCUUAUCAACUCUGAUCUCUCUACUACCCUUUGAGAUAUUCCAUAAGCCCUACUUGCUUUCCUCCUUUUUUCUGCUUUCUAUCAUCGUCUCAAUGGCCCUUGUGUCUACCAUGAAUGAGUGUACUACUGUUUUGGGGAAGUUUUUAUUCUUAAACAAUGUCUGAGCCUUUUGCUCUUUUGCCAUUGCUGUGACUGGAGUUUGAUUUGAGAUUGAGAAUGAUUUUAAUAAUAUCAGUAGUAAGGACUAAAGACAUGAAUGAUGAUGAGCAUGUUGUCUUGCUAACUUUUAUGAUUAGGUGGUUCUUGUUUAAAGUCACGCUGGCCCAAUUGCUUUAUUUUUGAUGAGUUACCAACUGAAAUAAUGAACUCUGCAACUGUGCUCCACAGGUCACCAGCUCUCACUCGCUCAAUUUAUCGCAUUCAUGGUUUCUGGCUUGUUUGGGUCCUCAAUGUCUGGUACAACCUUCACCAUUUGGCUAUUGUCCCUGCCAUGAUUUCUGACCCUCAAGCUUUACCUAUUUUUAUGUCCUCAAUCAAGACCUUUAGUAAAAAGGCUAUCCACAGUUGUUAGGAUGGGACGAUGAUACAAUGGUUGUUAUAGUAGUCUAUAGGAAGUUUCAUACCUCCAUGAGAAGAAUUCGACUUAACUUCAGGUUAUAAUCGUGAUUUGGGUUUAAAGGUCAAAUGAGAAUGCUUAUGUGUGAGAUAAAAGUAAAGAGAAAUACGAAAGAGCAAUCUUACAUGAGACAAAGAUUUAUGUAGUUUGACAAAUGUGUGUAAUGUUUUUCUCCGUUAAAAUGUCGUUUAAUUACGAUUAAGAAAUUGUAUGGUUUUUUCUUUUAUACAAGUCUAGUAGUAGGAACCCAUUUUCUUUCAAUAGGUGAUGUGGGCCUUAGAUGCUAAGUUAGGUUGUGAUAGUGUGGUGGCCCUAAGCCUAAACCAUACACCAACAUGGCAACAUGUAGGAAUGAAGGCUGUCAAACCAUUAGGUUACAUCUCCCACUCACUCUCAUCUAAUUAGAGUUUAAGGCCAGCUUUACACGUUCAUGAGCUUUGAAAGAAAGGGAUACCCGACGAAACAAGGGAGUCCCAUGUCGUGAAAGGUCACUGUCUUAUCCUGCAAAGCAAAGAGGGCUGCUGAGUUAGAGAAGUACCAACAAUGGAGAGAAAGGGUGGGGGGGAGCAUGAAAAAAAAGAAGCAAAGGAGCAACUAUGCUGAUAGAUAAAAGCUUUUUGGGGACAUAACAUGCAGCAUUAUUGGUAUUGAAAGCAUGGCAAUACUACCUUCUAUACCGGCUUUUUUUCAAUGUGGGAGGUUCCAGAAGAAGCACAAACGAGAAGAGAGGAUUGAUAUAUAUUUGAAAGAAUAGCAAUGAGAAAAGAAGGAAGAGCAGAAAGUGGUAAAGCUGGCUCUCAUUCAAAUGCCCCCACUCUUUACCUUUUUAAAUACCCACCUAAACUUGGUGCUUAAUGAUUAGUUUAGUUAGCGGGUGGAUAUUCCUAAACCCAACCAAAUGGAGAAUCAACCACAAAUAUUAUG